CUGCAGAACUACCGGGAAACCCUGCAGACGCAGGUGCUGGAGGCCGCCGGCCGAAAUUUCAACGCCGUGAAGUUCGGCGCGGUUCUGUCGGACGCCAAACUCAAAGACUUCCAGGACGAGCAGGUGGGCCAGCUCUACGAACUCAUGCUGGAGUCCACCAAGCCCAGCCCCCAGUUCCACAUCCAGGAGGACGGGAAGUGA